CGAAAAGAUGUUGACUCAGAUUCGUCCGCCGCAGCCGCAGCUGGAACCAGACCAGCUGUGUGAACGAGUGCUCAAGCUCAGCCCGGUGGACGAAGAAGAAACGAAAAUCUGCGAUACCGUCAACGGUGCGCACCGCAUGCAGCCACACACAGACGGACUGACUGACUGACUGUAUGCACGUGUGACGGACUUGAUGAUGGACUUUCUCCUCUUUGGACUGCAGCCACCAUGCCCAUAUGGCGUUCGAUGACGGUGAGCGACCCACAGCAGACCAGACCAUCGAGGGCAUCCGAAGAGAGCACAUGGAUGGAUGGAUGGACGCGUCUGUAUAUGUGUGUAUGUCUGUGUGUUGUCUGUCGUGCGUGCAGGAGGAAGAGAAGGAGGCCGUGCUGGAGCAGUUUAGGGAAUUCCCAGGUAGGUAUCCACAUCCACCCAGUGAACGGCUGCAUGCCUCAUGUGGUCAUAUGUGCCUGCGUGUGUGUGUGUGUGUGUGUGUGUAUCCAGAAUAUGCCAGUGAGCAGCACCUCACACACAACAUUAUCAACACAGACCAUUCCCCGCUUUCUGACUGCCCGGCCGGGUAUGCCUGUCUGCCGCAGCUCUCAGCGACGCGCAGAAAGAGGCAUUGGGGGACCUGGCCGCUGUGUACAACAGCUGUGCGGCCAUCGAGCUCCUUGAGAGGAAGGCUGCAGCUGCUGCACGACUACCACACAACAGACUGAUACGGUGAGUGUGUGUGGGGGUCCGGCCGGUGGGUGUCUUUGCUGCCUGCCUCAGUCAGUCGCCCACCGUGUGCGCCUGCCUGCGUGUGUGCGUGCAGGUACUUGAGUGACACCUUCAGGUCCCUUCUGUCGUGCACUUCUCCCUCAGCUGAAGCCCCCGCUGCCCCUGACGGACCCCUUGAGGAGGAGGAGGAGCUAUCGCCCACCGACACACACGUGCACACGGAGCGGUCAGUCAGGUGUAGGAGGCAGCAGAGUAAGCCUGACGACAGUAGUAGCAGGAGGCCUCUGCUGCCCGCCAGAUAGAACAAGGCAAGAUUUCCAGACUGACAGACAGACGGACAGACAGACAGUCACAUUAGUGGCGGCGGGCGGACAGUCAGUCGCAAGGCCAGUAGCUGUCCAGACAGGGGCUGGACUGGUUUUUGAGUCAGGGUGGGUGCUGGCUGCAUGGGGGAUGAGAGUGAUGGAAUGAAUGGUCUAUACUGACUGAGUCAGGUAGUUCGAUUGUCGGACUCUGACCCAACAG